CGGCUGAAAGCGUUGGCUGAAAGCAACCAUGAGAACAACAUGACACAAAAGUAGGAUUUUGAUGUGCACUAAUCAAACAAAUAAAAAAUAAUAAUACCUGCAUAAAUAAACAAAAAUGUAGGCGAAUCAACAAAAAUAUAGGUGGGUUAAAUUUAUUUAUCUAUCUCGUGGCGCCUCGCGGGAAAGUUCUUAAAAGUUUGUUUUGUUUUCAUGAGCAAAGCGGGGGCCAAAAAUGAGAUGUUUGCUUCUGCUCGACGAUGGGUGUGUGUUUCGUGAUAAUGAGUCGCUGUCCCAGUUCCCCCGAAGGCCCGAAGUGCCAAUGACUGGGCCGUUGAGCGAUCGUGCCGCAUUUUAGGAAGCAUUGCCGACGGUUACGCGGUUUGUGAGCGCCGGAGGGACGAUGGAGAGCGACGCCAACCUGAACGACGAGGAGCUGUCCGAAGAUGAAGAGGAGAUGGAGCCCAAGCUGCGCUACGAGCGCAUCCUCAACGACAUGCCGGAGAUCUUGCGUACGGAUGCGGCCAGCUGCAUUGCCGUGCACCCCAAGUUCCUGGCUCUGGGCAUGCAUUCUGGGGCCAUCCACAUCCUGGACCAUCAGGGGAACGUGAGCAAGGAACUACGCCUGCACAGCCUGACGGUGCACCAGAUCAGCAUCGACGAGAAGGGGGACCACUUCGCCAGCUGUUCGAGCGACGGCAAGGUGGUGCUGCACGGUCUGUACUCGCGCGACAACAACCAGCAGCUCACGUUCGACCGUGCUGUCGGAGCCGUGGCCAUUGACCCCAACUUCUACCGGUCAGGCACCGGGCGCCGCUUCAUCACCGGCAACGACAAGGUGUCGCUGUACGAGAAGUCGUUCCUGUCUCGCUACAAGGUCACCAUCCUGCACCAGGGGGAGGGUCUGACCCGAAACAUCACCUGGAAGGGACGCUUUGCCGCCUGGGCCACAGACCUGACGAUCAUUGUGUACGACAUGCACGUGCUGGACAUCAUCUCCAUGAUACGCAGAGACCACGACCCCCUGAUGAAGAGUGAGCUGCACCGGUGCUGUCUGAGCUGGCAGGAGGAGCGCACGCUGCUGCUGGGCUGGGCAGAUCGGGUCAAGGUGUGCCUCAUUAAAGAGCGGGACCCCAAGCUGGUGCAGCAGGACCCCCGCCAGAGGGACCUGCCGGACAACUACGUCGAGAUCGUGUCCAUGUUCAAGACGGACUUCUACGUGUGCGGCCUGGCCGCCCUCUGCUCGGGCAGCAUCGUGGCGCUGACCGUGCUCAAGAGCAGCGAGGAUGUCACGGAAGGGAGCCGUCCCCAGUUCCGGCUGAUAGAGCCCCACAUGGAUGACUACGUGGAGCAGUCCAGCGACAUCCUCUCCAUCCGGGGCUUCCGGGCAUACCGCUGCAGCGACUACCGCCUGGAGAGCCUCCCCGAGGAGGGUCUGUUCUUCGUGGUCAGCCCCAAGGACGUGAUCCUGGCCAAGCCCCGGGACGAGGACGACCACCUGGCCUGGCUGCUGGACCACCGAUGCUUCGAGGAGGCCCUGACGGUGGCCAUGUCCAGCAGGAAUCUCAAGAGGCAUACUCUGCUGGGCGUCGGGCAGCGCUACCUAGAGCAGCUGGUGGAGGAGCAGCGCUACGCCCGGGCAGCCGAGGUGUGCCUGGCAGUGCUGGGCACGGAGCGGCAGCUGUGGGAGGCGGAGGUGUUCCGUUUCGCCCAGCUGCACCAGCUGCGAGCCCUGGCUCCCGUGCUGCCCCGGGGCCCGCACCGACUGGGCCCCACCGCCUACGAGAUGGUGCUCAACGAGUUCCUUCAGCUGGACCCCCAGGGCUUUCUGUCGCUGGUGUCGGAGUGGGAGCCAGACCUGUAUAGCGUGCCCACGGUAGUGAAUGCCCUGCGGGACCGGCUGUCCCACGAGCCUACGAGUGAGCCCUUGCUACGCGCCCUGGCAAAGCUGUACACCCACGAGGCCAAGUACGACCUGGCCAUCUCCAUCUACCUCGAAAUCGGGGCUUCGGACGAGGUCUUCUCCCUGGUGGGGCGGCACGGCCUGUACGGCGUGGUGCGAGAGAAGCUGCUCACCCUGAUGCAGCUGGACCAGAGGCAGGCCACGGACCUGCUGGUGGCCAGCACGGCCCAGCUGCCCGUGGACGCAGUCGUGGAGAGGCUACGGGAGCGGCCGCAGCUCCUCUACCACUACCUGGACGCGCUGUUCGACAAGAGCCCCUCGCUGUGCCAGCAGCACCAUCUAGACCUGGCGGAGCUGUACGCCGAGUUUGCACCCAAGAAGCUGCUGCCGCUGCUUAGGGCCUCCAACAGCUACCACCUGGAGAAGGCCCUGGCUCUGUGCCGCCGCAAAAACCUUGUGCCGGAGGUGGUCUUCCUGCUCAAGCACAUGGGCAACAGCAAGGAGGCCCUGGAGCAGAUCAUGGGCCAGCUGGGGGACGUGCACGAGGCAAUUGCCUUCUGCAAGGAGCAGGACGACCGGGGCCUCUGGCAGGACCUCAUCGCACACUCUCUCGACAAGCCAGCUUUCAUCACGACCCUGCUGCACAAGAUCGGCACGCACGUGGACCCGAUCCUGCUCAUCCAUCGCAUCCCCGAACAGCUGGCCAUCCCCCAGCUGAGGGACUCCCUGGUCAAGAUCAUGAGGGACUACAAGCUGCAGAUCUCUCUGCGGGACGGCUGCAAGAAGAUCCUGGUGUCGGACUGCAUUGGCCUGCUGCACAAGCUUCACCGGCAGCAAAGCAGGGGCAUCUCCCUCACCCACGACCAGCUGUGCCCGGCGUGUAACCGGAGGCUCCUCUUCAAAGAUGUGCGGUAUGUGGAAGACGUGGUGGUGUUCUUCUGCAAGCACGCUUUCCACGGCACCUGCCUGCCCACCAGUGGACCUCCCGCCUGCAGCCUCUGCAGCGUCAAGAAGCAAGUCCGUGGCUUUGGAACAUGAAGCUGCCCAAACUUCUAGGUGUACCUUCGCUUUACUCGCAGCAUCUUCAUGAUGUACAGAAUAUUCUAGGAACUGUGUGUACAUAUGUUUGGAAAAAAUAAAAACAAAACCACUGC